CCCUCCUCUUCGUGGCAACCUUUCAAGUACUUGGAGUGCUAUCAUAUAAUAUCUCCCCUCAGGCUUCUCUUCUCCAGGCUAAACAUGCCCAGUUCUUUCAGUCUCUCCUCAUAGUGCCUUGUUUCCAGUCCCCUGAUUAUCUGCAUUGCCCUCCUCUGAACCUGUUCCAGUUCAUCUGCAUCUUUCUUAAAGUGUGAUGUUCAGAAGUGGAGGCAGUACUCAAGGUUCCUCAUCUCAUUCCAUGGAUGGCAUGUACAGUGCAUUGUGGGAGCCCAGCCAAGGACUGGUCCAGUUCAGUGGGGUAACGUAUGUGGAUGGCCAGCUCGCUACUUACUACGACAGCCAGACGAGGCGGGCCCAGCCUCGCAUCUCAUGGAUGAAGAAUGUGGAGAAGUACUAUCCUCAGUUCUGGGAUAUAAACACUUGGAGAUUUCAGAGCAGCGAGCAGAGGUUCAGAAGGGACCUGGUGAAUCUGCAAAAACACUACAACCAGACCAGAGACCCUCCAACGGUGAAAGUUACACUCAUGGCAGGUCAUGAUGGGCUGGAAACUCUCAUCUGCCAGGCCUACGGCUUCUACCCCAAGGAGAUCGACACCACCUGGAGGAAGGACAGGGAGGUCUUGGAGCAGCAGACUUUCCGCAGGGAUGUGGCACCCAACUCAGACAGGACGUACUACGCCUGGCUCAGCAUCCAGAUAGACCCUGAGGACAAGGACCACUACUGGUGCCACGUGGAGCAUGAUGGUCUUCUGGAGCCUCUAGACGUGGCUUUCAGGGAGCCUGGUGAGAGGCUGGGUGGGAGGGAGGGCUGGCUGGCUAGCUGGGAGAGUGGCAUGCAUGUGGCAGUUCUUCAGGGAGAAUUUUCAUCCAGGGAGGAAAGAGAGACUCCAGGAAGAGACCCUGCAGCAGCAGCAGCAGCAUCGGUUACAGUGAGGACACCCAGGAGGAAACUGUUCGUGUUUUAG